CUUGAAGCUUUUGGUGCUGGAGGCGGAGAAAGAAAAGGGCAGAGGACGCGCACAAACCCGCUUGCUGGCAGCAAAGCAAGAUUAAGAAAUAAUAUCUAGAAGCUAGCACGCCGACAGCAUCAUCGCGCAUUGCGGAGAGAGCACGCGGCGAGGAGAACACGCACGCUAGAGAGACAGACGGCCUCAGCUGGAGGGGCAUCCUAGCGCACACACACCUAGACGAGACACCACCUCCAUACCUGCCCGUCGUCCAAGGCGGCCUCGCCUGAAUCUUAUCCACUUCGUUCUCCUCACCUGGUCAUCUCAAGGCAAGCCCUCUCUCGGUCCUUACCCUUUUCUGACCAGGCCCAUCUAUUCGGCUCUCUUUUUUUUUCUUUUUUUCUUCAUCUUCUUUCCACAUUCCUCCCCCGAUUUGCUCAGCCUUGUUCCCCGACUCCGCAUCUAGGCUCAUCCUUGAUGCGUCUCACUCUCGAGGACCAACCGCGAAGUCGUCGCCUCGAGCAUUUUUUUGUCAGGGCAUUCAAUCUCCCUCGCCAGCCGAUAGCAGCCUCGGCGACCAACACACUGGCAGCAUCAACGGCAUCCGCAUCCACAUCCUGUCAGUGUCACCCGCAGCGAUCCAGAGGUUGCGGCCAAUCAGCGAGGCGUCGCAUAAACAGAAACAUUUCCAGAAAAACCCACACCCCAGAACGUGGUUGCCCCAGCGUUCAGGCUUUGAUACAGCCGACCCCUCGCAGCCACAUUGGACAUUGAAGAACACAGACCACCACACCCAGGCAGAGCAACCCCUCUUUCUAAACCGCCCACCCCAAACUCCAAGCCCGCGCCAGCUGUUGUUUCUUUAUUAGCGGCGCGCUGCUGAGCUAAAGCCGACGCUCCUGUCGACUCUGCAUACCCGACCCCGACCUCGCAAACCUGCCUAUCUGCUUCUCUCCCUCUCGCCCUCGAAUCCCCAUCCAGUGCUAGCCUCCCCAGUGCCGCCCGACCAUCGAUCUGGAGUGCGCGCGUGUCAAUAGACUCCGGCUGUCCUAGAUCGGAGCGACGAGGCGCGCCCAACUGCUUGCCUUGCCAAAAAAAAUUUUUUGGCACUAUCCUUGUCAGACAACCAAGCUUGCGCUGCAACCUCGAUCCAUUCCCAGCCCGACAGCCCAGUGCGACAGCCCAUCAGCCGGCGCCAACAAUGGGCCACGCAUAGCUCCGUUGCAACCCGUCGUGGCCCAAAGAAAAGCCGGAGCUGCUGUACAAGGCGAGGCCGCAUUCUACCCGACCAUCUCUUUUUGUUCCACCUUUUCCCACUCCGUCUCACUCAUCCAUUUCGCCCGGGCGCCCACCUAAUUGAGGAAAGGAAAAGGAAAAAGGAGGAAAAAAUAAAGCGAGAAGAAAAAGAACGAGAAAAAAAAUACCUUUCCAAGAGAAUCGUGUGGGUUUCUAGAGGCAGGCUUUUAGACUUGGGCGAUUUUAUACCCCCUUACAGCGACUUCCCGCCGUAAUUCCUUCGAUUCCCCUUCCACCCAACCUCCCUCCCUACAUACUAUCUUUCUUCCUUUACCUCGCUAUUCCCCUUUUCCGCGCCUCGACCUGGACCUUACGACUGUCCAUGUUAAUUAUCGACGACGCCCCACACUUCUGACGACGUACGACACACGACCGACGCGAGUAGGCCUAGGCUCGCAAGCCUAAAAAAAGAAAGGAAACAAAGACAGCGGCGUUUCCUGGAGCCGACGCAACGAGGGUGCAUUACUUAUUCUUCUUUUAUUUUCAUCUUUACGAACGACGCGCCCGACGGCCUCAAGCAUCUUAGACUGUCCCUUUCUUUCAGAUACCCCCCGCGGCCUAUAGAUUUGGAUCAUCUGCACAUCGACUGACCUGGUAACCACUCUCAUCCAUCAUAAUUCUUGGCUGUGGAGCCAUCAUCCUCGCCGUCACGCAAAGCACGCAAGACACAAGCACGCACCAUCCGCAUUCCCCCGUCCGAGAGCACGGGCUGCGUAAACUGCGUGAUCGGGCAUCCUUGCUGCCUGACAACCGUCCCGGCGAGCAGCCGUGCGUCCCGGGACGAAACCAUCCUUUUCUCGAGAGGAUCUGGUGUGCAUGAGGCGUCGCUGUCGUCCCUUCGCGCGUCACCUUGUACCCCUCACUGACGAUGAGCUCCGGCACGCUCAAGACCGGUGCCCCGUCCAAAGGCGCCGUAGGCCUCACUGCGGCCACAGCAAACGGCUUGCUGGACAAACUGCAUCGACGGGCGACCCCUGACUCAGAGGCUCUGGCCAGCUCCGAGGACGAAGCGGAGAACCGCCAGGACCAACCCCAUCCGUCCAUCCCCCAGCACAAGCCCGUUCGCAGGGCGUCGUGGUUGAACGACACGAGCCAGAGUGCUAGCCGCCCCAGGAAAGGCUCAUUUGCCAGCAGCAACAUGUCUCCCACGGCUUCCCACCCGAGCACCCCCUCGGUCGAGCCUGGUGCUGGUGGCGCCUGGGGUUCUCAUCCCAACCCAGCCGUCUUGAGUCGUGCCCAUACGGCCUCGAGCGCCUUUUCUUGGGGCACGGCCAUAUGGAACACGGAGAGGAAGGAGCCGCCUUCGAGGCUCUCCGAAGUUCUGCCUUCGCCAACCUCGCUCCAUCCUCCAGGGUCUAGCGGCUCUUUCUUUCCCGCGUCCGAAGUCGGUCCGCCUCAGACCUCUCCGGGACCCAGGGAUGCUCCGAAUUCACAAAUACCCUUCGCUAUCCCUCUGCAUCCCACGCCCAAGACGUAUCGAUCGCAAUCUUACUCGGUCGGCCAGCUCGAUCCUGACUCGACGACAGGUGUCAUGGGCGGCUCGGCCAUCCUGGGUGGCCGGUCUCGGCCGAUCCCGCACUCUGGACUCCAGCACCGCCCCUCACGGCCUAGCAUGCUCAGUGAGAUGUCGAAUGAAGGCAUGCUGGGCAAGGUUAAGGAGGUCGACGACGACGAUGAGGAGAGUGGUGAAUCUUUGCAAGGGAGCCAGCACCAGUCCGUUGACAGGACUAUUGAGAUGCUGACGAGGGAGAAUCAGCUUCUCCGACAACAACAACAACAACAACAACAACAACAACAACAGCAGCAGCAGCAGCAACAACAACAGCAGCAGCAGCAGCAGCAACAACAGCAGCAACAGCACCAGCAGCACCAGCAGCAGCACCACCACCACCAACAGCAGCACCAGCAACAACAGCAGCAGCAGCAAUAUCACAACUCUCGCUUGCGACCUAGAGCAUCUACCGGGUAUGGUCUGGGCAAUGGAUACGGUAUCCAGGCGCCCGUGACAGAGGAGCUGGACUAUGCUAUCGAUGAGCUGGAUGAGUCAUACGACGGAAGCGAUGUUGCAGCCAGAAGAGCGCUGGGUCGGCGGAUGAGCGAGUAUGGUGUGGGUGCCCCUCACUUCCGCUCGCCGUUCACCGUGGAAAACAGGAAGCUGGAGAACGUCAAAAAGGCCUAUUGGCAGAGCUCCCUGGGUUUUGGUGGUCUCGGUGACCUUCCCCAGAGUCGGAGGCAUUCUUUUGCCGAUGUCCCGCAAAGGCAGCCAUCAAUCAGCUCUCUUGCCGACCAGGUCCUGGCCCACGAAGGGCUCACACAGGAGCCGCAGUCUGCGCAGGAUUUCAACUCGCCGUUUCCCGAAAAUCCUACGUUCCCCGCUACGAACCACGCAUCCUAUUUCACCGGCGCUGCAAACAUGGCGAGCGCUCCGCAACAGCAGCAGAUUGUGGGGCAUCAUGCGUUCGCUAGUCCGUACUCGUAUGCGAUGCAUGCUCCAUUCUCGAACCGCCCUGCCUCGCCCCAUCGAGCCAUGUAUGGCAUCACGCAGCCGAACCGGUCGACGCCGCUGCACGUCGUCCUCUUCAAGUGUGCCAGGGCCGAUGUCUUCUACAUCCAGGAUGGCACGGGCCUGACUGUCAAGCCUGGCGAUCUGGUCAUCGUCGAAGCAGACCGUGGAACUGACCUCGGCACCGUGGCGGCCGAUAAUGUCGACUGGGUCGAGGCAAAGCGGCAGAAGGAGCACUUCGCCGAGGAACACUACAAGUGGCUCAUGAUGUACUCGCAGAAUGCAGGCGUUGCGCAGGAUGGCGUCGGUGCGGGGCUCAUGGCAGCGUCCAACGGCCUCCAGGGCAGCGCCGUCGGUGGCAUGGGGCCUCCGGGUCAGCACCACAUGCAGGAGCCCAACGCCGGCGAGCUGAAGCCCAAGCUUAUCAAGAGGCUUGCUCAGAACCACGAGAUCCAAGCGCUGCGGGACAAAGAAGGCAACGAAGCCAAGGCGAAGCGGGUUUGCAUGCAGAAAGUCAAAGAGCAUGGCCUCAACAUGGAGAUCCUUGACGCCGAGUUCCAGAUGGACUGGAAGAAGUUGACCUUCUACUACUUUGCUGAUUCAUACAUCAACUUCAACUCCCUGGUGACCGAUCUCUUCAAGAUCUACAAAACCCGGAUCUGGAUGUCGGCUAUCAACCCGGCGUCCUUUGCGAGCCAGCCGCUGGGGUUGCAAGCGCCCAGCGGAAUUGGUCCUGGCGCAGUUGGAGUUGGCCGCGGCGGUGCAAACUCUGACCGACGGCAAAACACUCAGCCCGAGCCCCAGGCGAACCGCACCUUUCAGUCACCAGCUGCCGCCUUCCCUCAACCGUUUGGUGCGGAUCGGCCUGCCGUGCCAACAGCAGGCUAUGCUGCAGCUUCUGGCUACCAAUACGCUCCUUACAAUGCCUUCGCAAACGCUGGCAGGCCUGCCACGGGCACGGGACUGCCUUUUGUGAUGGGCAUAGUUCCUACCGGCGACUCUUACCCAGCCAACUUCCAUCCGGGAGUUGUUGACUAUGCGUCGAUGCGUACCCGUCUUCCGACUCCGCAGUCUGGCGGGGCUGGGCAGCACGACCAAGGAAUCUCGCCGCUUGUCGCACCUGGCGACAUGACUGCCUCUUUCCAGGGCUUGUCCCUCAACUCGCGCUGAUUUGAAGAAGCCCACAUUAUCAAUCGGCCUGCGCUCUUGGCCACCUCCUUCACUACCGUGAUCUAGAGGCUCACCCCACUCGUUGCCACGACUCUCGAUACCCUUUCUGGAUCUCGCGCAUUCGCUUGCGCGUUCUAUAUCUAGGCCUUAACGCCCGCCCUUCCCCCUGAGAGCGCAGGAGAAAAUCAGCAUACAAGAUUACUAUUCCAACCAGAACCGAGGUAAAGCAUCGUUGCUUCACACAUGGCUGGCCACCAGGCCUCGGCUCGCCACACGACCCUCGAAACAAAUACAGAAUGUCUGCCAUCUCAUAAUCUACAAUAUGAGCUCAUUUCUUUCAUUCGUCCUCUUGUGGAGCUAUCAACCAGUUUCGCUGCCUUCUAGCCGCUGUGUCUCGGGACGACGGCGGGAUCGACCUCACGACGAUGAUUUUUACCGCAUAAAUCUUGCACUACACCAAUUUGCCGCUCCCUCCUUCACCUAUCUCCUUCAUCGGCAGCCCUACGCAUGAUGCGCUUGGACAUGGCACCGCGGUGGGCAGAUCGCUUCACCUCUUACUUCUUCCCGACACAGACAUUCCUUCUUUUUCUGUUUCCUAUCGCAGGUUGGGGAUAUGAUGACCAUGGAUGGAAAGAACUGCAGAGAGAUUUCAAUUUUGUUGCAGAUUGGGCUCGUCAUAGAAAGACUUAUUUUUCUCUCAUGUUUUCUUGUCCCUUUCUUCAAACCUGUCGGCACGAGCAUGAUGUAAUAUCGACACUACAAAAGGGACUGUCUGGGUUUUGGUUCUUGCGAAGCCGGAAUUUUUCUCGUGUACGACUGGAUUAUCUUUUGUCUUCGGCUAUUACUAAAAGAUUUUGUCCUGCCCCUUUGCAUUUAGACUGGGUUAGGAAGAAGGGGAGGGUACCGUGUAGGUACAAAAUAGUUAUUGUUUUGUUCUCGA